GACGCGCUUAGUCAGUCUGUGUGGAGACGCGGCGGGAGUAACAUCUAAUGGAGUGGAUACUGUUGUGUAUUUGAUGGACUAGGAUAGCAGAGAUGGUAACGGUGGACUUCAAUGAGACAAACCUGAUAUCUCCGGAGGAGAUAGAGUGUAUGCUGAUCUUCCACCAGGAGUCGCUUGAGCAGGCCCCCCAUCCCCCACCCCCCGGGUACUGCCCCCGAGUCUGGGACUACGUGUUGUGUUGGCCCCCCACCCCCGGCGCCACCCUAGCCCACAUACCGUGCUUUCCUGAGCUCAACGGCAUCAAGUACGAUACCACCAAGAAUGCUACUCGCCUAUGUCACUCCAACGGCACCUGGGAUGACUACACCGACUUCUCCGCCUGUGCCGCCUUCCCCGCUAUGGAGUCGAGCCUGCCCAAGCUCCUGUCCCCGGUGGAGAUCACCACGAUCCUCUACAUCACCGGGUACACGCUCUCCCUCGUCGCGCUCUCCGCUGCCGUCUUCAUCUUCAUCUACUUCAAAGAUCUGCGAUGUCUGCGGAACACAAUCCAUACCAAUCUGAUGGCCACUUACAUUCUGUCGGAUACGGUCUGGAUGCUCACACACCCUAUCCAGAUGUACCAAAGCAACGAGGGUACCCUGGGUCAGGAAUGUACCAUCGCUAUACUAACCCUCAACAUCAUCCUCCACUACCUGUACCUGACCAACUUCUUCUGGAUGUUCGUUGAGGGCUUAUACCUGUAUAUGUUGGUGGUGAAGACAUUUGCAAGGCAGAACCUGAAGCUUAGAGGAUAUGCGACAAUUGGGUGGGGGGCUCCACUGAUAGUGAUGGUGAUUUGGAUAGCGGUCAAGAGUUUCAUCACCAACAACGUCCACUCCGAAUCGCGUUUAGAGGCCCGUUUGAUCUCUGCUAUGAUGCCGCAGUGCUCGCUGCUCAUGCCAGAUCUUUACGAUUGGAUCUACCAAGGGCCCAUGCUCUUCGUGUUGCUCCUCAACAUCGUCUUCCUCUCUAGUAUCAUGUGGGUCCUGAUCACAAAGCUGAGAGCUGCCACUAACGCAGAGACUCAGCAGUAUCGCAAGGCCACUAAAGCUCUGUUGGUGUUGAUCCCACUGCUAGGAGUGACCUAUAUUCUCUUCAUCGAUGCUCCCACAGAGGAUCACAUAGCGAGCGUGUACCACAAUGUGCGAGCUGUCCUGUUAUCCACUCAGGGAUUCCUGGUUGCUUUACUCUACUGCUUCCUCAACAGCGAGGUCCAGAACACCUUCAGACACCAUCUGGCGCAAUGGAAGGAAGCUCGAGACAUAGGGAUGGGUCCUCGCUACUCCACCAGCAAAGAGUGGUCCCCCAGUACCCAACAGGAGAGUAUGAGACUGUUCCCGACCAAGUUCUUCCAGCGCAAACGACAGAUGAGUGUGAGCGAGGCGACCACCAUGACUUUGCUGGGGCACAGCGUCCGGCAAGGCAGCAACGUGGAGGCUGGGGACACGCGGAGUGAGAAUGUUCUCUAGCCGAAGUACCUGCAGUCAGAAGACCAACCCUAGUCGGGUGCUCAUCGCACAAGAACGAGUUGGGCGCUGAUGAAUAUGGUGAAAUCAGCACUCUUCUGUCCAACUACUGGACGAUUCUGGUGAUCUGUGUUCAAAAGCACCAAUACUGAGAACUGUUUUGUACAUUUCUUGAUGUGUCGAGGUGGCAUGAUGAUUGAUGACAGUGUAAAACGAAAGACACCUUCAGCAUAUCGCCUGUGCUGUAGCCAUUCUACAAUUUUUAUUUGUUUACAUUAACGCAUUGCAAGAUGACUGAAGAUCUGGUAAAUGAAGAAGAACAGUAGGCGGGACUUUUGCGUUAUACGACCUCAUUUCUUUAAACGUUUCCUACGUUUAAUAAGAUUGUUUCGCUGAUGCAUUAAUUCUAUGAACACAUUUUUAGACCCGUAUUACAUCAAUACAUGAAAGUAGGUAAGCAGUAAUCAGUGAGCGGCGACCAGUAAUCAUUGUUCCUUAUCUUAUCGCAAAAUCCGGUUUUAUCUGGUAUUGGCGCAGGUCCUGGUCUACCUAUGCAGUCGCAGUGUCUUGUUGUACCUAACCUGACCUAACCUAACCUAUAACCUAACCUAACCUUCUUUAAACGUAGAAAACGUUUAAAGAAAUUAGGUCGUAUAACGCAAAAGACCUCAGUAGACUAGCCUAUCACAAGAUGCACACGUGAGAUAAUAAGUCGUCAUAAGUUACCAUUUUUAAAAACCUCUAUUUUAAACCAAAAUCAAUCAAUUAUUUCAUUGAUUGGUUGUGAAAUUUACAAUGAUUGCACAAGAGUUUCCCAAUAACACUUGGAAUUGAUGUUCUAACGUGAAAAAUUGUGGUUGGCAGUGGAAAGACAUUGUGUAUAUUAAUUAUCAUGCAUGUUUUAUCUCGUGGAUAUAGAUGCAUCUCUAAAUACAGCCUUAUGUAUAUGAAACCGUUAUUUUUUGUGGACAUCACUUCUACACUGUUUUUUUUUUCAGUGAACAUACACCUGUUACACAAAACUGUUUUAUUUGGCAUUGGCAUGGAGGUUGUUAUGGUUGACAUAGACUAAUGUAAAUUUCUGAGAUAUCGUUUUCGCGUUAUUGUCACAUCUAGACAGUGGCGUAACUAGGACUUUGCUUUGGAGGGAUGAAUUUCAUUGAAGAGCGAACCACACUGAGUAGUUUGUAUUAAAUCUGAAUAAAUAUAAUUUUAAAUAAAUUAGAUAGCCUAGUCCAAAAUGAAAUAUUUCAAUUCAACAACAUUUUGAUCAAAAGAGAUUUAUUUUACAUUUUUAUUUUUAAAGAUUUUAGGAUUUUUAUGGGGGAGAGUUUCUAUGCCCCUCAUUCCCCCCUAUAGUUACGCCACUGCGUCCAGAUAUCCCGUAUUCGAUGUAACUAGUGUUAUAUAUUACGUAAGUAUUUUGCUACCAAAGAUAUUUAUAAUUAGUCUUGAUUUACAGAUGAAUAUCAAAUAAUUAUUAUGUUGAAAAUGUAUAUAAGUAAUGGUAUGUGUUAGAUUCUGGCCGGAAAUUUUCAAAAUGAAAUUUUGUUGUAUAAAAUUGGAUCUAGUCAUCUUUGUAAACAAAACUAGCUGUCUUUAUAUUGUUCAAUUUCAUAAAACUACGAAUAGUUUUUUGAAUUUAAUAAUUAGUGAAAAUAAAACGUAAUCAUUACCCAAGUGAUGAUUGUGUUAUUUUCAAUAACAAUAUUAUUCAUAAAAUAGUAAAAUUGUUUGCAAAACGAUGAAAAACAUUUUGUAACAACUCAAACUAACGCCUUAGCCUAUAUAUAUGGAGUAACCAGGCUCUAAAAGUUAAGUCUCAGUAAUUGUAAACAUUAUUAAAUUUAUAAGUUAUGAAUGGUAGCAAGUACGUAGCCAGCAAGGGGGUCUGACCCUCUUUAAAUUUUAAAAUUUUUCAUUUACUUUUUUAGCAAACGAUUAUUGUUAUUUAAAUAAUUCAGUAUUAUUGACAUGUACUGCCAAAAGAUCGUUUUGAACAUUGAAACGGGUCAAGAAUUUUUUAAAGAACACAAUGGAGAAUGAGCUGUUGACUGCACUUACCUUACUUUCUGUCCACUGCAGAAAAAUAUCAGUCAUCUUAAACUCCCUAAAGUUUUUUUUCCGGCUACGUUCUUGAAUGACAGUAUAAGUACGAGUACACAAUAUAACAGACAUAUGUUACAUUCAUUUGGUUAAAAACCGUGUUAUUCAUAUUAUUUCAAACUCGAUGUUAUGUUCAAUAACGUUAUAAGUACACGUAACUAGUGAUGGGAGAAUCGAAUAGUAUUCGAAUACAGCCAGAGUAUUCACAUAUUCGAAUACAUCAAAAUGAAUUCGAAUACUUUGGAAAUGAAUACAAUUUCUCUGGAAGAAUUGAAUUCA